AUGGCGCAUAUCACAAGUGAUCGGGUUGUGGAAUUCUCUAUGGCAGAAGUUCAACCUGAGCGAGUGCGUUGGACCAAAAUGCUGCUCGGCCGUGUCUUUUCGGAGGAUCGGCUGACAGUGGCGGAGCUGAGAGAGGCGGUAAAUAAUCCGUGGCAAGGCCAAGGCCGAAUUAAGGUGCGAGAAGUAGCGCACGAGUUGUAUGAAUUCACUCUCCCAACUGAAGCUGCGAAGAAAUGGGCACUUCAACGCACACCGUGGGUGAUUAAGGAUAGAAUCCUUCAUCUACGUGCUUGGGUAUCAAAUAUUUCUGCCCGCACUUUCGACGACAUGGCGAUUGCCCCGUUUCGAGUCCAAUUAUGGGACGUACAAGAUGACUGUUGCACCCAGCAAUUUGGCAGGAAGGUGGCGAAUUCAACCCUUGGCCGAGUCCUUGAAUCGGGUGUUUUUGUUUGCAGUGACACGGCCAGCAAUUUCAUUAAGGUCAAGGCGCUUAUUGACUUCUCCAAACCACUGCGUUCUCAAGUCCUGGCCACAAAUGACGAGAUGGGAUCCUUCUGGAUCUGUUUCAAAUAUGAGCACCUACCCAGUUUCUGCUACAAUUGUGGCCGAGUGGGGCAUUUUUGA